GGAAAUGAGGAUCAUGGUGGCUUCAGCAUUUUCAUCUGAUUGAAUCCAAGCGGCAGAGGAGCUGCACAUAUACCGGUAAUGGCAGAGCUGCACAUUAUCGGUCAGAUAGUUGGGGCAAGCGGCUUCCCCCAGAGCAGUCUCUUCUGCAAGUGGGGAAUUCAUACAGGGGGUGCAUGGCGACUUCUCUCUGGGUUGAAGGAGGGGCAGACCCAAGUGGAUUUGCCUCAGACAGGGGACAUGGCAUCCUGGAGUCAUCCCAUUGAUCUGCACUACACCACUAAAGGACUGCAAGGCUGGCCCAAGCUUCACCUGCAGGUUUGGCACCAGGAUGCAUUUGGGCGCUGUCAGCUGUAUGGGUAUGGAUAUUGCCAUGUGCCCUCCAGCCCAGGGCACCACCAUGUAUGCUGUGUGACCUGAAGACCACUGGGAUCCUGGCAAGAGCAGAUAGCUCAAACCUUUGUGGGUGGAAGUCCCCAGCUGCGCUCCCCAGACAUCAUAUACAGUGGGGCAGACAGAUAUAGGCUGCACACAGUGGCUAUGGGCACUGUAGAGCUGGAGCUAGGCAUCAUCAUGCGACACUUUGACAGAUAUGGUGUAGAGAGCUGAAAUGUUGAGAGAUGGGACAGAGCAAUGGGUGAAUGGAGAGAGGCCUGAAUGGAGCACUGUAUUGUUAGUGGGUGUGGAUUUUGACCAUAUCUGCAAUGGGUACAUAAGACUGAGCAGGUCAGAUUAGAUAUUUUGCCUUGUGAGAUGUGUUGAUGUUGCAUACAUACACUAUAGAUACAAAAGUAUGUGGACACCAAUUCAAAUUAGUGGAUUUGGCUAUUUCAGCCACACCCAUUGCUGACAGGUG